UUAAUUAUUGUUACGAAAUUUUUUACUUUUAUAUUUUACCGAAAUUUACAUCGAAGUUAAAAACAAAAACCUUGGCUGGUAGGUACAGUAAAGCUUAAACUGUGAGGCGCACGCCGGACGUGUAAGCCGAAGUUCUCUCUCCCUCUCCGUCUCCGACGAAACGAACAUUUAUUUUACGCCCGCCCUACAAGAUCGACGGCAACAAAAUUCCCAUGCCCUAAUUUUCUCCGCCCGCGAAGAAAUCGCACUCCCCGCUUUAAAAUUCCUCCGAUCCGCCAUGGAUUUUCCAUUUCACCUCCCCCAAUUUCUCUCGAUCCAAAUCCAAAUUAGGGCUCGAAAACAGAAUCAGCCAUGGCCGUCGCGCCUCUCUCAAUCACCGACGAAGACGUGGCGAAAGACGAGCCUCUGAAGCUCUUCUCUCCCAGCAAUCCGACGCCGGAGGAGACGAUCUUCCUGUCGAACAUCGACUUGGCGGUGGCCUUCACCGUGGAGACCGUCUACUUCUUCGAGGUGGAUCCGGCGGCUUCGGCGGCGGAGAUCUCGAGGACCGUGGAGAGAGCGGUGGCGGUGCUGUUGGUUCCGUACUAUUUCUUGGCCGGGCGGCUUCAGGUGAACCGGGAGAGCGGCCGGCUGGAGCUGGUUUGUAAUAACGCCGGCGUUUUGUUUGUGAAUGCGAAGACGAGAGUGACGUUGAAGGAGCUUGGGGAUUUGGCUGCUCCGAAUCCAAGCUUUUGCCAUUUUGUUCAUCGGCCUGGACUCCAUAGAAGCCUCCCUGAAAGGGCUCUGUUUACCAUUCAGGUAUAUGAUGCAGAUGAGAGAAUUAUCAAAUUGUUAUUUUAAAUCAUAUUACAGUCAUUACAAUUGUACCCUAAAUUAAAACUCUCACGAGUAA